AUGGCUUCCCAAACCCAAGAGCCAAAUCUACCGUUCAAAACCCGAAUUAAAGUAUCCUUUCUCUCUGCCCUAACGGAUUUCGCACGUCGCAACGACGGCACCAUUAAUCGUCGUCUCAUGAACCUCCUCGAUCGCAAGUUUCAACCAAGCGUCAAACCCAUUAAUGGCGUUUCCAGCAAAGAUGUUACCGUUGACGCCAACCGAAACCUCUGGUUCCGUGUCUUUACACCUGUCGACGCCGCCGCCGGAGGCGGCGGCGUUCCCGUUGUCAUUUUCUUCCAUGGAGGCGGCUUCGCCUUCCUCUCGCCGGACUCGUUCGCGUAUGACGCCGUGUGCCGGCGGUUCUGCCGCCGAAUCCCCUCCGUGGUCGUCUCAGUGAACUACCGCAACACGCCGGAGCACCGGUUCCCUUCGCAAUACGACGACGGCGAGGACGUACUCAAGUUCCUCGAUGAGAACCGCGCGGUGCUCCCGGAAAAUGCUGACCUGUCAAAGUGCUUCCUCGCCGGCGACAGCGCCGGCGCGAAUUUGGCACACCAUGUGGCAGUUCGGGUGGCCAAGUCAAAGUUUCGGGAAGUUCGGGUAGUCGGAUUGGUGUCGAUCCAGCCGUGGUUUGGCGGGGAGGAACGGACGGAGGCGGAGGUGAAAUUAGAGGUGGCGCCGUUGGUUUCGUCGGCGAGAACCGAUUGGCUGUGGAAGGCGUUUUUGCCGGAGGGGUCGAAUCGCGACCACGGCGCGGCGAAUGUUAGCGGCCCGAAUUCGGAGGACUUGUCGGGUCUGGAUUACCCAGAUACCCUUGUGUUUGUGGGUGGAUUUGACCCGUUACAAGAUUGGCAAAGGAGAUAUUGUGAGUGGUUGAAUAAAUCAGGAAAAAAAGCAGAAUUGAAGGAGUAUCCAACUAUGAUUCAUGCUUUUUAUAUUUUCCCUGAAUUGCAUGAAUCGUCUCAGUUGAUCUCAGAGGUCAAGGAUUUCAUCACCACCAAAAUCUCUACUUUGAAAUGA